AGAAUUACAAAUGUGCAGGUUCAUAUGAUAUUAAAUAACAAUUACAAAACCAUUGAGAUCGAUAUUACGACUUAUUUGCCGAGGGACCGUACUAAUAAAUAUAGAAUGGACGAUACAGACAGAGAAUAUAGAACAAGUAAUCAAAACCGAUUUAUUUGCUCGAUAUGUUUAAAUAAAAAAGCUUCUCAAGAAGACACCAGAAACUAUGAGUGUUGCAAAAAGAAAACAAAAUCUUGUCCUAUUUGUCAAAAACACUGUGUAAUUGAUGGAAACAAAAAUGCACAUACUACUAAAAAUGAUCAUAGGUCUAAAGGAGAUGGUGAGAAGAAAAAAUCUAGUCAAACUUCUGACAAUAAAGUUUUGAACGGCAAAAACAUCCAAACUUCACAACCAGACGUUACCAAAGGUCUAACAUUACUUAACGAAGUGCUUACAGUGUUUCAGAGUAAAAAACAAGAUUCAAAAAAGGACAUCACAUGCAAAACUGUUAUAGUAAAAGAUGCAAGCAUUGAAACAGAGAAAACCAAGCACAAACUUACGAUUAGCAGAACAUUUUUAUACUCGUUAGGAGAAAACGAUGAAAUACAUAAAAAUGGAAAGUUCUCUAUCAUAAAUAGCCAACCAGAAAUGGGUUUAAAAUCUCAAUUUUCAAUUGAUUUGAAACACAAAUCAUCUUCAAUACCUCAGAUGAAGUUAGAAGAACUGAAGAACUCGCUUAAAGAGAAAACUAAAUCUAAAGAUGCUAUCGAGGAAGUAAAUCGAAUGUUCGCGACUGUUAGAAAACAUGAAUUGGAAGAAACUCUCGACGAUUCUAACAGACCAAUGAUAAGAAAUGGCCCCAGAGUGUUGCCUGUUGUUAAAACAAACACUAUAUACCAGGGAUAUCAAAGCUGCAAACAUGAUAUUCAAGAGUGUUGUAAGUGCAAGGCAAAUUACCAAAUGUCGAGUGGUGAUUCAAUGCGCGGAUGUUGCCAAAAACAAGAAAGAUAUGAAGAUUGUCAUACUUGCUUCUACUAUAAACAUCGAUGUGUGGAAAAGUGCGAUUGCUGUAAUAUAAAUAAAGAUUGUAAACAUACAGUGGAUUUACGUGAUAAAUAAUCCACUUUUUUGCAGAAGCAGCAAUUUUAGAUAAAAGUUUCGCAAGUUUAAGAGAUUCGCUGUGUUCUUUGUAAUGUCGUCGUUAACAUUAACAUCAAGUUAACAAUUUGUUGUGACGUGCACGUUGCCAUUACUCUAUGUUAUAUCUAAAAUGAUCGAGAUCUAGAUACAAGAAUAGAAAGAAAGCUAUACUUGUCCCAGACAUAAGUGCUAUAUAUACAGGAUCAUUGUACUUAUUAUUUGAGUAUUUUCUUUUUGUAUUGCUAU